GUUGAAUCUUUAACUUUGUCGACAUCGGUCGUACACUUCUCCUUUUCGAAGCGUUUGAAAACGUUUCUUUCUGACUGGAUUUGAAAAAUUGAUAAAAGAAAAUAAUAAGUGAAUAAAAGUGUAGUUUUUGAGAAUAUCCUUGAAGUGUUAUUGUUUGUUGCUUUUAAAUGUUUCGGAAGUGUUUAACGUCUGUGGUGCAAAGCACCGUGAGUACAGGACGCCUGACUCCAAAAGUGAGAGAGUUUUUAAGGCGUUCUGCACAUAAUGGAACUAUGGGUCGUCCACCAAAAAUUUUAAUUACUGGUGGAUUGGGUCAAUUGGGUAUUGAAUGCGCCAAACUAUUGCGUUCUCAGUACGGCGAUACCAAUGUCAUUUUAUCCGAUAUUAUUAAGCCUAGUCAAGAGGUCAUGGAAAGUGGACCAUAUAUUUUUGCAGAUAUUUUAGAUUUUAAGGGUUUACAAAAGAUUGUAGUGGAUCAUCGUAUCGAUUGGUUGAUACAUUUCUCAGCUUUGUUGAGUGCAGUAGGUGAACAAAAUGUGCCGCUGGCGGUAAGAGUCAACAUUGAAGGCGUUCAUAAUGUCAUCGAACUUGCUAAACAAUAUAAUUUACGUAUAUUUGUGCCUAGUACUAUUGGUGCUUUUGGACCCGACAGUCCACGCAAUCCUACACCAAAUGUUACAAUUCAACGUCCUCGUACCAUUUAUGGUGUUUCCAAAGUUCAUGCUGAAUUGAUUGGAGAGUAUUAUUAUCAUAAGUUUGGUUUAGAUUUUAGAUGUCUACGUUUCCCCGGUGUUAUUUCCAGUGAUCCACCAGGUGGUGGCACUACUGAUUAUGCCGUAGCUAUUUUCCAUGAGGCUUUGAGAACUGGUAAAUAUCAGUGUUACUUAAAGCCUGACACCCGUUUACCCAUGAUGUACAUCGAGGAUUGUUUAAGAGCCUUACUCGAGUUCAUGCGUGCUCCCUCAGAACAACUUCAACGUCGUGUUUACAACGUCACUGCCAUGUCGUUUACACCCGAAGAGCUGGUGGAUAAACUCAGCAAUUAUGUACCCAAUUUACAUGUAACCUAUAAGCCAGAUAGUCGUCAAUUGAUUGCCGACUCUUGGCCCCAAGUGUUCGAUGACUCUGAGGCCAGACGCGAUUGGAAUUGGCAUCAUAAAUAUGAUUUGGAUAAUUUGGUAGAUUUUAUGGUCAAAGAUGUCCAGGAAAAUUAUAUUAAUGUUGAAAAUGCUGCUGACCGUGCCUCAGUUAAGAAUUAAUCAUUUCGAAUAUAUAUAGUUUGUUUAAAGUAUUGUUUUUUUUUUCUUUGUCAUUUUAUUUGAGUUAUUAUAGAGCCAUACUAUGUUUUCGGAAAGAUUUAUUAAAUUGCAUUUAAUUGUUAUACCUAUUUUAGAAUAAUAUGUAUACAUUUUAAUAUACAUACAUAUAAAUAUGUAUUUAUUUUUAUUGAAAA